UGGUUCCUUUUCUUUUUCUUUUUCUUUUUUUACAGAUUACAGCAAGAUGUCAAAGUGCGCGAUACCUUGCCUGUUACUAUUUUUUAUCGUCAUAAUUGUGAAAGCUGAUAUAUACCUGCACAACCCCCGAGGCUCAAACAACAGACUCAACGAGAACACCGCGGGGCGUAGGAACGCCAAUCGCCUCUUUGAUUCUCAGAAUAACAACAAUGGUGGUUAUAACGUUGGAGAUCGAAAAGCUACAGCAGCGAGGACGGCGUCAGAUCAAUAUCAAAUGAAAUACUUCCAAAGCAGUGCCGCAUCAGCAGGAGGAUCAAAACAGGGUCGAAGCAUCCUGAAGCUGGAAUGGACCAAUCAACAUGGGUGUGGCAUUACCAAUGACACCAACCCUUCCAAGAGACAAUGCAACAUAGUAUUACAGUACAUGUGUCAGAAGUUAAUCGUAGAAAAUCCCCGUGAUCGGCUAAGAGAUGGCACAAGUACGAAUACGCAAGCCUACAUCUACAGAAACGGUUAUCCAGCAAACCUGAGAACCUACAAUAGUUACAAGAGCAUCGUGAGGACGGAUCGCGGUCUACACGAGAAUUGGGACUGGUACGAUAAGUGCAUGCAACGGGAACAAAACGGAGGGCUCUUUUCUGCCGACCAAAAGCUAACUGUUAGGAACGGCUAUAUACGUUCUACCAGCACCCGCCAGAAUCGAAAUGGGGCCAGACGAGGCUACGAAUGCCCAGAGGAGAGGGACUACUACCCUUAUUGGCACCCGACACCCUGGAUCGAUAUUGCGGUCUUUGCACAGAAUCAAGAAAACUGUUCCUAUUACAUUAAAAACAGCUUCAACAGUCAUACUUAUGGAGAAUGCGUGCAGUUCUACCCCGAUGGAGUCAGGAGACAUGCAUCCCGAUGGAAUAACGCAUUCGAAUGCAAAUGCCAUAAGGGCACUUGGGUACAAUUUUCCAGUUAUUUGGAAUUAGCACCAGAAUUGAAAACUGUCGAAGAAUGUGUGAGCGCUAGAAAAUCAACCAAAAUCAAUUACAUUUGGGGAAUCCCUUAUGACACGAAGAAUAUCACAAAAAAAGAGUGUAUGGUUGCCCCUGAAAAACCCUUCUGUUCACAGGCUCCAGUUAAUAGAUUAAAUCAUUUAGGCAAUGGGAUCGGCGGAGAAACCAAUUCUUUCGACUGGAAACUCCCUUAUUUCCCUUCUGGCAGCGAAAUGCGUUGUGUCUACAGAGCCAGGUAUAACAUUAGACGGAGACUAUUCCACAACAGAGACAAACGUCUGAAGACAACGAAGACGUUAGAGAGAAGGAAUAGAGUCCCUGUUCAAAACAAACCCGGUCGUGAAACUUGCUGGUCAAGAACUCCAGUUGGCAAUCAACACUGCCCAGUUCGGCAGAACCUUCCAGGACAGAGCCACGUAUUUCCACUUGAUGCCCCGUCCCCAGGCUUGGACAACGAGACCAUCAACAACCUGAACGUCCGCGGGAAACGGGGCAACAUCGUACAAGUGUUCCCGGCUGUGGAGUACGAUUUUGUGCCCAACAAUCUCGAAAUGGAUUCCGAGGACCUGGUGCACAUCCAGUGGACUGGGAGCAACACGCACAACAACAGAAAUAAUGGCAAUGCUGGACAAGGCACAGAUGGAACUGACCGCAGCAACAUAUUGCAGAUGGCAAAAGGUGGCGUUAGUUAUCCAUUAGCCUUUGCGGACACAACUCUGUGGAACAACUCGGAAAUUGUUUGGAUCUAUCACAACGAGCUGAACAUAAAACAGUGGACCUUGCUCUCAGUAUGGCUUCCUCCGGAUAUUACACGUGCCUGAAGGCGGCGCAGUGCCCAAACACCCUUGUGCAAGACAGCAAGGAGAGGAAGGCUGCAAUGGACAAACUACUGAACAAAGCUCCAGCUUCUUACCCGGGUGCCCUACUCCGUGUAAAGCCAGGGGUUUAUAACUAUAUGAGUACCCGUAACAACCAGUUCACAAACAGGGCCCAAAAGGGUGUAAUGAUAGUGAAAUAAAUGAAAAACCCGAAUAUGCAAGGAAUAUCCAGAAAUAACCCCAAACAAUUGCUAAUAUUUACAGGGGUCGAAAGAUGUUUCAUUCAUAACCCUUAAUUUACUGGAUAUUAGAAGUGUAUCCUUAUAAAGAAAUUUACUAACAGGGGCCAGAAGGCCUUUCCUUUAUAACCCAGAAAUUUUUGUAUUUUAGAAGUAUGCCCUAAGCAAGAAAUGUAUUAACAAGAGAUAAAUAGGCUUUCCUUUAUAACCCCUAAUUUUCUGAUUGUUAGAAUUGUAUCCUAAACAGGAUAUGUAUUAACAGGGGUCAAGAGAACUUUAUUUUAUAACCCCUAAUUUUCUGUGUAGAAGAACUGUGCGCAAAGUAAUAAAUUUACUAACACAAGACCAAAAUGGAUUUCCUUUAUAACUCCUUAUUUUUCUUUAUGUUUGGAUAAGGAAUUCACAAAAUUGUCUUAGCAGGGUCUCAUUUAUUUUGAAAUAAAGAAUUGAUCCCUAUUUUAGGGGUUCUUGUUAA